UAUUAUAUGCUCACCUCUUUUUUAUUACAUCAACUUAUCGAAAAAUCAUUUCAUAAGAAAAAAACCAUCGAAAAUCCAACAAAAAAUUCUCUCAAUUUUUCUGUUCGAACCAAUUCUCUCACCAGAGCGUCCGAAAAGAAUUUCACCGACUCAGUUUUUUUUUUUUUCCGCCAAAAUCAUAAUGGGGGACUAUUCUUUAGGAGGAGGCACUGUGUCAUCCCCCUCCAACUCGCAGCAACUGCAGCGAGCGGAAUCUCCGGGGCACAGCAAUGUGUUUCAGCUUUUGGCAAGGAGAGAGAUUUCUCCUCAGACAAGAUGCUCUUCAAAAAGGUUGUGGGGAGAAGUGUCAAAGUAUUGUCUUGAUUCCUUUUCUUUAGCGAAUGAAGCAGGAACAGAUGCUAGAAGUGGUCUUAUUUCAUGGGUAGAGUCAGAUUCAUUGCAGCAUUUGUCGGCAAAAUACUGUCCACUGUUGCCCUCCAAGGUCACUAUCGCAGCAGCCUUCAGCUCUGACGGGAAAAAACUUGCUUCUACACAUGGAGAUCAUACUGUCAAGAUUAUUGAUUGCCAAACUGGGAGGUGUUUGAAGGUGUUGAAUGGUCAUCGGAGGACACCUUGGGUGGUUAGGUUCCACCCAUUUUGUCAAGAGAUAGUUGCAAGUGGAAGUCUGGAUCAUGAAGUGCGCCUAUGGAACGCAAAUACUGGAGAGUGUAUAGGAUCACGUGAUUUUGGUCGUCCUAUUGCUUCUAUUGCUUUCCAUGCUCAAGGUGAGCUUUUAGCUGUGGCAUCAGGCCACAAGCUAUAUAUAUGGCAGUACAGAAGGCGAGGGGAGGCAUCUUCACCAGCAAUCAUAAUGAAGACACGCCGUUCUCUUAGAGCUGUGCAUUUUCAUCCUCUUGCUGCUCCAUUUAUUUUAACUGCUGAGGUCAAUGACCUUGACUCAUCAGAUUCCUCAAUGACACUUGCAACUUCUGUGGGCUACUCGCAUUAUCCUCCUCCUACUGUAUAUCUGGCAGAUGCUCAUACGAGCGAGGAUUCAGAUUUGGCUGAUGAAUUGCCUCUAAUGUCUUCGCCCUUUCUGAUAUGGCCUUCAUUUGCUAGAGACCGCGGCAUAAUAUCUCUGCAGCAUACUGAUGAAAGUGAUGGUUCAACUAUCACACAGGAAAGAAGUGAUCGUUCUGCUUCGGUGCGGCUUCUGACCUAUUCAACUCCAGCAGGACAGUAUGAGCUUCUUUUGUCUCCUAUUGAACCUUACUCUUCUUCUGGGCUGGAAGAAGCAGGAAAUAACCCUUCAUCAACUGAAAUGGAAAUUGAAGUUCCUCAUUCUGCAAGGAAUUACUCGGAAACAAUGGAAGUGCAUCAGGAAGGAAGGGGUGCUCAGUUUUUCCCUUUUGGAGAACCAAAUGGUUGGGAGCUACCUUUCUUGCAAGGUUGGUUAAUUGGUCAUACCCAAGCAGGGCAUCGUGCAAUUCAUCCAGUUAAUGAUGGUGAUGAAAUACGAAAUACUGCUCAAGCUGCUUCUUCAGCAAAUAACAAUGUUAGAGCUGCUGGUGGAUUUGGUUCACGGCUGCAUUCUUCACGGUCUCAUAUAACGUCCUCAGGUGGAUCCAAUGAAGACGCUCACAGCACUGGACAUGAUGGGAGUCAACCUCAAUCUGUUGGCAGAAUCCAAUCAGAGCUUGCCACCUCAUUGGCUCAGGCAGCUGCAGCUGAGCUGCCUUGCACCGUGAAGCUUAGAAUAUGGUCACAUGAUGUGAGAAAUCCAUGUGCUCCACUUGAUGCAGAAAGAUGUCGCUUAACCAUUCAGCAUGCUGUACUAUGUAGUGAAAUGGGGGCUCAUUUUUCACCCUGUGGAAGAUUUUUGGCAGCCUGUGUUGCUUGUUUGUUACCUCAGUUAGAAGCUGAUCCUGGUUUACACAGCCAGGCUAAUCAUGACGUCAUAGGAGCAGCAACAUCCCCUACACGGCACCCAGUUUCAGCUCGUAGAGUCAUCUAUGAGCUUCGGAUAUAUUCCCUUGAGGAGGCCACAUUUGGAUUGGUACUUGCAUCACGUGCAAUAAGAGCAGCACAUUUUUUGACGUCUAUUCAGUUCUCUCCGACAUCAGAACAUUUAUUACUUGCAUAUGGUCGUCGCCAUACUUCACUACUUAAAAGCAUUGUCAUUGAUGGAGAAACGACAAUGCCUAUUUAUACCAUUUUGGAGAUAUAUAGAGUUUCAGACAUGGAGCUUGUGAGAGCUAUUACAAAUGCAGAGGAUGAGGUUAAUGUAGCUUGCUUUCAUCCUUCACCAGGAGGUGGGCUUGUAUAUGGAACCAAGGAAGGGAAGCUAAGGGUUCUCCAAUAUGACAGUGCUCAUGAUAUGAAUCUUAUACCACCUGGUUAUCAUGAUCAGAGCAUGUUUGAGGUUCCAGUUUACCCAUUGGAGUGCUAGUAAUUAAUUGUGCUAUCUACUUCAUGUGUUGUGCAAUUCAUUUAAGUUGGACAAGCUGAAGCUGGUGUAUAUUUGUUGCGGCCGGAUUGUCAAUUGACGUAUGCAUUUCACCUGUGACCCCCCAAGUCGGAACUUCUUGGGCUAAUGGUCCUGUAAGGUUUCUUGAAAUUGUAGGAGUGCUUCAACUCCCAACGGAUGGCUCAACCGAGGUUAAACCAAAAGUUUACAAGACUAGUAAAAAAAUUUCCCAAACUGUAGAUGUCUUUUGUUGAUUAUUCAUGAGUGAAUUAUUAUUAUUAUACAAACAUUAGCAGGACCCUUAAAAAAAAAAUUUCUCUUAUUUUCUUUUAUAAACUUCUUAUAGGAGAAGAAAUAGAAGGGAGAAUUUGAUUUUC